AUGGGAUGGGUCCUGGCCAAGGCCGAGACCCUGAGACCCAGACCUAUACACUGCUUUCAAUGUUUGAGAACAGGCCACACCGGCAAUUGCACAUCGACGGUAGAUCGAAGUGGCCGAUGUUACAGGUGUGGUAGUGACGGCCACACUGCCGGCCACUGUGAGGAGGCGCCUAAAUGCCCGUUCUGCAAUGAUCUGGGUAGGCCGGCCGGGUACCGUCUCGGAGUGAUGGCAUGUAAACCUCCUGCGGAGAAGGAGGGAGGUGGAAGGCGCGCUGGAGCAGCAACUUUGCGCAGCUCUGGCGCGACAAAUACAAGAAGUGUUGAGAGGAGCGUCCCCACAAAUGAGGAGACGCAAAACAUGGAUACAGAGAAGGGUCCAGUAGUGGACAUACAACGAGCAAGAAGUAGCCGGGAGGAGGCAAUGGACACGGCCCGUUAA